AUGGAUGCAAAUUGCGAGGACAUCUCAGUACUUAUAACCGAAAAUAGAUACAGCGAAAUAUUAGCACACCAAAAGGCUACAGAAGAGCAAAAGACUAUAGCGCUGAUAAAGCUAGAUAGAUAUAACGAAGCACUAAAAACCUGCCAGAAUAAUACAUUUGAGAAGGGGUACUGCUACUAUAAGCUAGGAAGAUACAAGGCGGCGCUACACACAGCGGGGAAGAAAAAAGGAGCAGACUGGACCACAUUAAGAUCGCAGAUAUUAUAUAAGCUAGACAGACACUCAGAGGCGCUGGAGGAGCUAAAGAAGCUAAAGCUGAAGGGGCCUAUUUUAGUAAACUAUGCAGGGAACGUGGCAAUGGCGUGCGUUGAGAAUAAAUUAAAGUGUGAUGGGCCAGAAGUAGAGGAGAUUCUGAAAAUGCUAAAGAAUGAAAGCAUCAAUAUACAGGCAGAGGUACUGUACAAUCUUUCCUUUGCGUAUCUGCCGGACAGGAAGAAGGCGCUUCAAAAAUUAAAGGAGAUAGAUACGCCAGACAGAGAUCACAGAGAACUAAUUGCAUCGCAGAUACACAACAUAGAAGGGAACCUAAAAGAAAUUUCACCAAGUGUACUAAGCAAAAGCAACAGGUCAAUCCACCGAUACAACGCAGAGGGUAUACAGACGCCAUGUCUUCUUGACUCAAUGAAGCAGUUCCAAAAGGAUAACUACUAUCAGAAUAGAAUAAAGCAGUACGGCCAGUCAAAGGAUGUACCAGAAAUAUGCAGUAUAAUUGACGAGCUAAAGCAGAAUAACACCAAGCCCAUUGUUCGAUUCAUAAGCAAACUAAGCAGGAAGAAUGCGCUGCGGCUGAAGAAAGUCUUGGAAGAAGAUAAUCUUCUUAAUAAAAGCCUUAAGCGCAUCAUAAGAAACAAAUGAGCACAUAGCGUAAAUAGGCAGUAUCAGCACUAAUAGAAAGAAUUAACCCGAACUACAAGAAUAAAACAUUAUGCAUGAAGUGCAUACAGUGCAGA